AUGAGUUCGUCAAAUCCUGCUGGUGCCCCUGUUACAUCGGCGUUGGGUUCUUUGGUUGCGGAAAAUGAGUUGGUUCAUUUCCUGAAGCUUGCGCGGCCGGAGUGGUCGAAGCCACGACGCAGAGGACGUAGCGACAUCGUCCGUGUGCUAGCGAAGCUGAAGGCUGUUGGUGUCAAUGAUAUCGACACAUUGAUAAGGAAAGUGGAGAAGAACACCAUCAACGAGGAGUUGUACAAUAAAGGCCUCAUGCCCUUGAGUAGGGCAGCGCUGGAUUCCAUCCGGAAGCAGAAGACGUUCAUGCAGGCGCUUGAGUCUGUUGACGUUCCGAACAUCCGACAGGUUGGUGUUUUCGACCCUGUGGCGCAAAUGCUGUCUCGGAAGCCUUUGCCAAGUGCCUCCAGCACUUUGCGUGGACGAUCGUCUCCUUCCAAAAGAAGUGAAGAAGGGAGGAAGGCUUUACGGCAAGGCUUGCCGGCCAACACGAUUGGAGGGAUGACUGCCCCGCAAGCUGGUGAUGACAUCUCGCCGUUCAUCCCGGAUCUGCUGCCACCGGGAAAGCCGUGUCUGUUCCCACGGCUUCGAGGAUGUGCUGCCAGGCCUCGUAGGCUGUCACCGAUGCAAGAUCCUGCUUCCGCAGAUGGUUUUGCUGGUCUAUCGCUGGCCGAAGGCCGAUCGAGAUCUUUCUCCAUGACCGAUGCUGCGCUGGGACCUGGGAGUUUCAGUUCGCCGCAGAGCAAGGUGACUUGGUCUGUCACAUUGCCAGCAGGGCAGUUAGACACAGAUGAUGCAGACGGUGGUGAGACUUGGCGUGGCAUCUCGAAGAGAGCAAGCACGACGCCGUUAUUCACCGACACCGGGAUCUCCGCGCGGGUAUCGAUGCUGUCCCGUUCGCCUGACAACCACCAUCGUAGUAUUCCCACACCCCGCACGGAGGAGAUGCUUGCUCUACAGCGAGCUGGCCAGCGAAUCCUUCAAACUCUCGAGGACAGAAAAGGCUCAGCCGCAAAGUGGAGUCCCAAGAGCUGGAAAACUCCGCUGGAGCAGGGCGAGGACAUGCUACAGGAGCAGCUGGCGCUGGAUGAACGAGAGCGCAUCGUGAGACUCGUGAAAUCCAAGUCGAAUCCGUCGGAUCCUUUCAGGGGACACAUCGCGCAGAACAUCAAGCAGCGAUUGGAGAUGGCCAACAAUGACUCGACCGAGGGGCUCGCCAUCAACCAGCGUUGUCUGAAUAUUCGCAAGCAGCUGGCUGGCAUGGUGAAUGCGCGGAAGGAGUUGGCAUCGCUACGAGCAAAGGCCCAUCUCCUGAUGGAGGAGCCCCUUCUUCCCAGGUUGAUUUUGGACUCCUAUGGUCUUUACUCGGAGCUCAAUGACUGA